AUGGCUGAGGGUGUGAUAAGCUUAUUAAUCCUGAGGAUAACUGGCAUCUUAGCCAGUGAAGCAAUAAAAUCACCGGCUUCAACGCUAGCAAGGCAACCAUCGGCCAUGAGCGAACUCAUGAAGGACAUAAGCGAGAUCAAGGAUGAGCUAGAAAGUAUGCAAUCCUUCCUACGAACUGCUGAGAGAUUGAAAGACGCCGAUGAGAGCAUCGCCAACUAUAUCAAACAAACAAGAAGUGUUGCUUUCGACAUUGAGGACAUUAUAGAUGAGUUCACAUACAAGAUUGGCGAGGAGCAAGGAGGGAUUCUACCCAAAACCAUAAAGAUAUACAGAAACACAAAUAGCUGGAAUCACCUUACUAGGCGGCUUAGAGAAAUAAAAAAUAGCCUCCAAAAUAUUACAGAGAGAAGGGCCCGAUAUAAUACGGAAGCAAUUGAUAUCAAGCCAAGCCCUUCAAAAGCUGGAGGUAGAAGUAAUAGUCCUGCAGAAUAUGCGCAUUUUGUUAAAGAGGAUGAUCUUGUGGGAAUCGACGAAAACAGGGACUUACUACUUAGAUGGCUGAAGGAUGAGGAGCAGCAAAACAUGAUAAUUAUCUCUGUGUGGGGGAUGGGUGGUUUGGGGAAGACUACUCUUGUAACUCAUGUGUACAACAACAUCAAGACUACCUUUGACGCUUGUGCGUGGGUUUCUGUAUCUCAAUGUUAUGAUACUAAUGAUUUGCUAAAACAAAUCAUAAAGGAAUUCUGCAGGGAAGAUCAUAAUAAAAUCGCAAUAACUGGAGACAUUGAUGUUAUGGACUAUAGAAGCUUGGUUCAAACGAUCUGCAGCUUUUUACGAAACAAAAGGUAUGUAAUCAUUUUGGAUGAUGUAUGGAGUAUAAAUGCAUGGUUUGAUAUAAAAUAUGCAUUUUUGGAUGGUAAUAGCAAUAGUAAGAUAGUGCUAACAACACGAAUUUAUGAAGUAGCACUAUUAGCUCACGAGCACUACAGGCUUGAACUCAAGCCACUAGAACCAGAUCAUUCAUGGAGCCUCUUCUGCAAAAAUGCAUUCUGGAAAAGUACCAAUAGGGUUUGCCCCCCGCUAUUAAAACAUUGGGCCGAAAAAAUUGUAGAGAAGUGUUGUGGCUUGCCAAUUGCUAUUGUUUCUAUAGGUAGUCUUUUGUCCUUUAAGGAACAACUUGAUACCGAAUGGGAGAAGGUCUACAAAGAUCUUGAGUGGCAGCUAACUAGCAACUCUCCUUUCAGUGAAAGAGUGAACAGCAUUCUGAAACUUAGCUUGGACGAUAUUCCCCAUUAUCUAAGAAACUGCUUUUUAUAUUGUUGCAUUUUUCCGGAGGAUUACAAGAUUAAACGGAAGAGACUUAUAAGGCUUUGGGUAGCAGAAGGUUUCAUUGAAGAAAAAGAAAGAACGUUGGAGGAAGUAGCUGAAGGCUACCUCAACGAACUCGUUCAUCGCUGUCUACUGCAAGUGGUGACCAGGAAUGAAUUCAGAAGGGUUCGUGAAUGUCAAAUGCAUGAUAUAGUUCGAGUCCUAGCUCUUUCCAAGUCAAAGGAGGAAAUUUUCUACAUGGAUUACAAGCAUUCAAGGACUUCACAGAGGUGCAAAGCACGCCGCACAUCAGUUACAUGUGGUACAAUUGAACAUUGGAAUGAAGAUAAAUCCUAUUUACGCUCAUUACUUCUUUUUAACAGUUCCAUGAGUUGUGAUUUCCUAAAGUCAGUCACAAAAUCUUCAAAAUUCUUAUGUGUCUUGGAUCUAGAAGGUUCUUCGAUCGAUGAAGUACCAAGUGAAAUUGGCAACCUAUUCAACCUGCGUUUCCUAGGCCUAAGAGAAACAAAAAUCGAGAAGCUACCAAAAUCAAUUGGGAAGCUGCAAAAUUUACAGAUAUUAGAUGCCUGUGGCACUAGAAUAAAAAGUUUACCAAAUGAGGUAACGAAGCUUGGAAAGUUGAGGCAUUUAUUUGUAUUAAUCAACCCAGAUAAGAUGUACAGCAGUUUGGCAGCUUUUGGAGGUGUACCAACACCAAAAGGGAUAUGGCACUUGAAGGACUUGCAAACUCUGCAGUUUUUUGAAGCAAACUCAGAGAUGGUAAAGAAGGUAGGAACCUUGAUCAACUUGCAGACAUUUGGUAUCACCAAA